AUGUCCCGCCAAGGCUCCAAGUGUAACAAAUGUUUCAAAAAGGGGUACUGGGCAAAAGCAUGCAAAUCUCAGUUGAAAAAGAAAGUUGGAGAAGUUAGCUGCCCAGAGGUCGAGCUUGAAGGAGAAUUCUUUCUUGGUAAACUCACUAAAGUAGACAUGGUUGAAGGAAACUCAAAGGAGUCAUGGAAGGCCGAGGUUAAGUUAAAUGAUCAUGAAGUAAAAUUCAAAGUGGACACUGGUGCAGAUGUCAUAGUAAUACCACCAAGUGUAUACCACAGUCUAGUACCAAAGCCUUCACUCAGCAAAUGCACCAAGACACUGAUGGGCCCCUGCAAACAUAAAUUGUGUUGCUUGGGAAAUUUCACAGCCAAACUCUGUGUAGAUGAGAAAGUUAUUAGAGAGCUCAUCUAUGUUGUUAAAGAUCUUGAGAGACCCUUACUGGGAAGGGAUGCGGCACAAGAACUAAAGUUAAUUAACAGAGUUGACACUGUCAGCAGCGAUGAUUACAAAACAAGAAUGGCAAGCAAACACCCUCAGCUAUUCACUGGUCUCGGUCAAAUGAAAGAUUCAUACACCAUCACACUCAAAGAAGAUGCCAAGCCAUUUGCAAUUUCUGUUCCAAGAAAGGUACCUCUUCCAUUGUACCAGAAAACAAAGGAUGAGCUGGACAGGAUGCUCGAGACAGGAGUCAUUUCCCCAGUGGACCAACCUACUGACUGGUGUGCUCCUUUGGUGGUGACGCCGAAGAGCAAUGGCAAAGUAAGAGUAUGUGUCGACUUAAGGAAGAAAAAUGAAUUUGUCAAGCGGGAGAAUCACCCUCUUCCAGCAGUAGACACGAUGUUAGGAAGGUUAGCAGGCUCCACAGUCUUCACCAAACUUGACGCAAACUCAGGUUUCUGGCAGAUCAAGUUGGCCUGGGAAUCAAGACCCUUGACGACAUUCAUCACACCGUGGGGACGGUUCCGUUUCAAUGUGUUGCCUUUUGGAAUCAGCUCCGGCUCAGAGAAAUUCCAGAAGAUCAUGAACCAAAUCCUGUUGGGUUUGGAGGGUGUGGAGUGCAACAUAGACGACGUGCUUAUCCAUGGUAAAGACCAACAGCAGCACGAUGAGAGGCUAGAAGCAGUUCUAAAACGUCUGUUGGAGGCUGGCGUAACGCUCAACCUCGACAAGUGUGUCUUCAGCACCAAGCAAGUCAAGUUUCUGGGACAUGAAGUUGACCCAGACAGUCAAAGCAAUUGCAGACCUCCCACCACCCACAAAUGUGCAAGAAGUGAGAACAUUCCUAGGCAUGGUAAACCAGCUUAG